ACUGUAUCGUUAGUCGAGUCGUCGGCCUUCCGCGCGUCAUUGCAGCGAUUCGAUUCACUCGACAAUAACCGGUGGUAGUGCGCCGUCUAAUUGAGCGCUAACGACUGGAAAACGGUUUGCCGUUUCACAGUUUUCCCCGAUAACGUAUAACCAUCACACACCACCCGACUACUGUCGCGCAAGACACGCGACUUGUAUAACAAUUUGAUGAUGCACCGCCGCCGGACGACGAUCGGUGGUGGCCAAUCGUCGCGGUUUCUGUCGACGAUCGGCGCGUGGCUGUUGUUGUGCUGGUGCUGCGCCGUCACGCCGACUUGUGCCGCGGAAUCGGAAGACUUUGACGAUUAUCGUUUCGACGGCAGUCUCUGUGAGUUCUACCAGCUCAUCGAGCCGGGCAACAGAUCGUACUACUUGUACUCGCCCGGUUACCCAGACCAAUACCUGACCGCCCAGCAGGACCGAGAAUGCCGGUGGUUCGCCAAGACGCCUUCGCCCGCCGACCGGUUGGUGUUGGACUGUCACGAGUUUGAUUUGCCCGAGAGUUCGUUUUGUAAAUCGGACGCAUUAAUCGUGUCCCGAGUUGGCGACGCUAACUUUACGGAUGGCGUUAGACACUGUGGACCCAGGUCGUUCACGGCCGUCAGCCGCACCAACAAGAUGAACAUUAAGUUUGUGGCGAAACGUCAUAGCAGAAGCGGGCGGUUCAUGUGCUCGGUGGGUGCGAAACGCAUAGACUUUUGGAUCCCGGAAGCCGUGACGAACCCGCAGUUCUGCGAAUGUGGAGAGCAAGACAAGGGAGUGUUCGCCAACGGGAAAACGGCCGGCGUGAACGAAUACCCUUUAAUAGCUUCGCUGAUCGACGGGCAGACGGCAAACCUGUUUUGCGGCGCGACGAUCAUCGGCAGGCAUCACGCACUGACUGCAGCCCGUUGUCUGACAAACGUCAAUCCGUUUCAAAUUGCCCUUUUGGUCGGCGACCACGAUAUGUCAUCUCUAGGUAGUGAUGGCGAUCCGGCAUUACUGGUAGUGGUCACCGAAAUUUAUAUACACCCGUUGUUUGAUCCGUCAUCAAUCGCACAUGACUUGGCUAUCGUCGAAACUCACGAAGUAAUUCCGUUUUCGUCUAAGGUAGGACCAGCAUGUUUACCAUUCAAGCACAUCUACAACGAUUUCGUUGGCGAUACCGUCAAAGUCCUCGGAUGGGGGACUGUAAACUUUGAUGAUCAUCCCGUGUCUGGCACCCUCCAUAAAUCGCACCUCAAGGUUGUACAGACGUCACAAUGUGCCGAAACGUAUAAAAACGAAACCGACCGUAACCCGUUGUGUACACACUUUACCAAAGUCAAUUCUUGUCAAGUGGAUUCGGGCGGCCCACUUCUAUGGUCUGAUCCGUCUACUGGGAGAUUGAACAUCAUUGGUGUAGUUAGCAACAGGUUCGCCUGUGCUGAAUCGACGCCAUCCAUGCACACCAGGCUAGCGACAGCCAACAACAUGAAUUGGAUUAAAGUGAUACUGACGGGGCAAUAUUAUUGUAGUUGAUUAUAUACCGUGGCGCAUGUAUUCUGUAAGUGCCCGUGGAGUUAAUUAAUAUACAGACAUAUUUUCAUUUUUUCCGAGAAAUUUAAUGAAAAUAUGAACCAUUCAUCAGUACUAUAUAAAAUAUAUAUUUUUUAAAACUCUAUUAGCUAAUUUUUAUGAUUAUAAAAAAUAUACAUAAUGAA